GUGAACAGUCAUUCAGUUUAGCAACAGAACGCAGCGAGAGCUCCUCGUCAUCCACUUGGCAAAUUAAAUAGACCCAUCGUUAUGUCGCUCAUUCGCUCUCUACUGCUGGUGGCAGGAGUGUUAAUCCUGCAAUCCGAAAACACAAGUGCGUUGAGAAUUUUGGGGGUCUUCCCCCUCCCUGGGAAGAGUCAUUUCAUUCUGGGUGAGAACCUCCUGAAGGAAUUGGCGAGGCGGGGCCACAGUGUCGACAUGGUCUCCCAUUUCCCCGCGAACAAACCGAUUCCAAAUUACCGCGAUAUCAGUCUCAAGGGGUCAAUGGCCAUUGCUGUUAACAAUAUAACGUUCGCGGAGACGAAGCAGUUCAACGGGUUCUCCAUGGCUUUCUUCGUCAGACACACGGGGACCGAACUGUGCGAUCUACUUGGGAGCCCUUAUUUCGAAGAACUGAUGAAGACGCCGAAGGGAACUUAUGAUGUUAUCAUUGUUGAAUUAUUUACAGCGCAAUGUUUCAUAGCCCUCGGUAAGCACCUGGACGCUCCAGUUGUCGGACUUGUAGCCUCCAAAUUACACGAUUGGUUAUUCGACCCUUUUGCAAAUCCCCUAAACCCGUCCUACAUGCCGAGUCUCUUCUCCAGCUUCACUCAACGCAUGACCUUCUGGGAGAGACUAACAAACACAUUCAUCAUGAACGUGAUCGGCCUUCAGAUCAAUUACUACUUGCGCGAGCAAGUUGAACAUGUGGAGAAGUACUUCAACAGGAGAAUCUCAUCGCUCAAUGCGCUCUAUGAUGAUGUAUCUCUGUUGCUCGUGAAUGAGCACUUCAGUAUUAACGAAAUUAAACCCGCGACACCUGAUGUCAUCGAUGUUGGUGGCCUCCAUGUCCAUGACAGUGAUCAGCGUCUCACACCGGAAUUACAAAAAUGGUUGGAUGAAAGCAACAAUGGUUGCGUAUACUUCACCUUCGGUUCAAUGAUCAAGAUUGAAUCCCUCCCCUCGGAAAAAUUGAAAAUUCUAUACGAGACAUUCGAGAGGAUAGCGCCGGUGCGGGUGCUCGUCAAAAUCGCGGAUGCCACGAAUCUCCCCAAAGGUUUACCGAAGAACGUUAUGACGUCGCCGUGGAUGCCGCAAGUGGCCGUUCUGAAACACAAAAAUGUGCGAGCAUUCAUAACCCACGGAGGCCUGCUGGGAACUCAGGAAGCUCUGGCUCACAAAGUUCCGAUGAUUGGGAUUCCCCUUUUUGGCGAUCAGCAUACCAACAUAAAUAGCUACGCAAAUAGAAAAAUCGCAAUUGCACUGACUAUUGAAACGCUCUCUGUGAAGUCCCUUACGGAUGCAAUUAAUGCUGUUCUAAAGGAUCCUAUGUACAGCAAAAAUAUCGCUCACGUGUCCGAGCUCUUCUUGACCCGUCCAAUGACUGCUCUCGACACAGCGGUCUACUGGGUUGAAUACACAGCGAGACAUGGAACAGUCUUAAAAUCACCAGCAACUAAGCUAUCAUGGUGGCAAUUCCACUUACUAGAUGUCUAUGGAUUCAUACUAACGUGUGUGCUAGUACUCCUGUACGUAAUAAAAAAAGUGAUCACAACUAUCUGGAGGUGCUGCUGCAACAGAAAUAAUGCGAAAGCAAUUUCUAAAUCUAAGAAGAAUAGAUAAGGUUUUUCCAUCAGUAAAAUUUAUAAAUAGUUUGUCAAAAGAUGCCUCAUUUUUAAUAUUGAAAUGUAAACCCUGUAUUUUAUACGUCAAAAAAUACAUUUCAAUUUGAAAAAAAGAUCGAGGAAGAAAAUACA